UUUGUGACUCAUUGUGUCUGUGGCGAGGUGUUGGGAGGGCCUAGGUCUGUGUGCAGUGCCCUUCGGCCGGGUUGAACCCGGAGUCAGCCGUGCUUGCUCGCCCGUCGUCCUCAGGCCGCUCCGGAGACUCACGGAAUAGUGCAGGAACCAAUAGAAGACAGUUGCUAGGACCUGACCCUCUUGGACCCCACCAGUUCACUGAGCCUGAAUGAUGACUGCUGAGUCAAGGGAAGCCACGGGUCUAUCCCCACAGGCUGCACAGGAGAAAGAUGGUAUAGUCAUUGUGAAGGUAGAAGAAGAAGAUGAAGAAGACCACAUGUGGGGGCAGGACUCUAGCCUUCAGGAGACACCACCACCCGACCCAGAGGUAUUCCGCCAACGCUUCAGGCGCUUCUGUUACCAGAACACUUUUGGGCCUCGAGAAGCUUUGAAUCGACUAAAGGAACUUUGUCAUCAAUGGCUUCGACCAGAAGUCAACAGCAAGGAACAAAUCUUGGAGCUGUUAGUACUGGAGCAGUUCCUGUCCAUCCUGCCUAAAGAGCUGCAAGUCUGGCUGCAGGAGUACCGGCCUGACAGUGGAGAGGAGGCCGUGACUCUUCUAGAAGACUUGGAACUUGAUCUAUCGGGACAGCAGGUCCCAGGUCAGGUUCAUGGGCCUGAGAUGCUUGCCAGGGGUGUGGUGCCUCUGGAUCCAGUUCAGGAGUCCUCAAGCUUUGACCAUCAUGAAGCUGCCCAGUCUCAUUUCAAGCAUUCCUCUAGGAAGCCUUGUCUCUUAUCCCGAGCUCUCCCUGCCACCCACGUUCCUGCCCCUCAUCAUGAGGGGAAUCCCAGAGACCAGGCGAUGGCAUCUGCACUAUUGACCGCAGAUUCCCAGGCAAUGGUGAAGAUCGAGGAUAUGGCCGUGUCCCUCAUCCUGGAGGAAUGGGGAUGUCAGAACCUGGCUCGGAGGAAUCUCAAUAGGGACAGCAGGCAGAUGAAUUUGGGGAAUGUGUUUUCCCAGGGUUCUGAAAACAGGAAUGGGAAUGAGUCAACCUCAAAGGCUGAAAUCAAAGAAGAUUCCACUUCACAUGGGGAGAUAGCAGGAAGAUUCCAGAAGGAAUUUGGAGAGAAACGGGAACAGCAGGGCAGAAUAGCCGAAAGGCAACAGAAAAGUCCUGAAGAGAAAACUGGCAAAGAGAAGAAAGAGCCUGGGCCACUUACAGCCAAGGAAAAAAAGCCCAGCACAGGAGAGAGGGGCCCCAGGGAGAAGGGCAAAGGCUUGGGAAGAAGCUUCAGCCUGAGUGCCAACUUUAAUAACACCCCGGAAGAGGCUCCAUCGGGAGCAAAGACUCAUAGGUGUGAUGAGUGUGGGAAGUGUUUCACAAGAAGCUCAAGCCUUAUCCGCCAUAAAAUCAUCCACACUGGAGAGAAACCCUACGAAUGUAAUGAGUGUGGCAAAGCCUUCAGUCUCAAUUCAAACCUUGUCCUUCAUCAGCGAAUCCACACAGGAGAGAAACCUCAUGAAUGUAACGAGUGUGGCAAAGCCUUCAGUCAUAGCUCAAAUCUCAUCCUGCACCAGCGCAUCCACUCUGGAGAGAAGCCCUAUGAAUGUAAUGAGUGUGGCAAAGCCUUCAGCCAGAGCUCAGACCUCACGAAGCACCAGAGAAUCCACACAGGGGAGAAGCCCUAUGAAUGUAGCGAAUGUGGAAAAGCUUUCAACCGAAACUCAUACCUUAUUUUGCAUCGGAGAAUUCACACCCGAGAAAAGCCCUACAAGUGCACUAAGUGUGGCAAGGCCUUCACCCGGAGCUCGACCCUCACGCUGCACCAUAGAAUCCAUGCCAGAGAGAGAGCGUCAGAAUACAGCCCAGCCUCUCUGGAUGCCUUUGGAGCAUUCCUGAAAAGUUGUGUGUAAAGCAGGAGUGUGUCAUCAAGCCAUUCCCCCACCCCUUUUAUGUCAGACCUAUGUGUCCAUCGAGGGAAAAGUAAUAGCACCAUCAAAUUGUUUGAGAAGUCACACUUCAGGAUCCCUAAGAGUUACAUCAACCUUGUCCUGCCUCCAGGUAGUCUGUAGGCUUGUAAUUCUUAAAGUCCUUAAAAGGGAAAGCUGGCCGUGUGGAUAUUCUUGCACUCAAGAUAAAAGCACACACCGUAAACCGUCAACCUUUCUAGUAAUGGGUAUACUUUUAAGGUUUGCUUCCCAGCAACCACACCAUGUAGUUAAUGAGUCAAGAUUAGCUCUGUGAAUAUUAUACUGAAGUUAAGAAGCCACUUGCUGCAAACAAACCCUAAUUAGACAACCUGUAUUUCUCAAUGAAGAGAGAUAGUACAAAAACUACAUUGGGACAUGCUGCUGGAGCAAGUUAUAUAUCCAGAAAGCUGUGUAUCUGAUCACUGGUAGCCUGCCAAAGCUAUAGAAAUCUAGGACUGUGCUGGUCAGAAUCAAACCAAAGAUUUCUAUCUCUUUCUAAAAGGGCAUAUGCACCAGUUUGCAGUUCCAAGGACUGUAACAAAUAUGGAUGGGCCUGCCCUCAUGAGUGAGAUCAGUCCUACUGAAAUAGCAACAAUUCAAGAUGCUUCUCUUCCUCUUCAACAUCCCUAAAGCACUCUAGCACUCCUAAAUGCACUCUCCACAAAUUAGCACUUGAUUGUAUACCAUCUUUUAAUCCUUCAUCAUCCAGUGUUGGAAGCUUUUAUCAAUCUCCACUCCCCCAAAAAGAUGCUUCAGUUGUCAAGAAAUAUAGUUAUGUUCCAGACAGCACAGCACUGGAUGUAGUACUAAACACACGAGGCACUCCUUAGGAUGGACUUCUAACAGCACUAUCAUAUUUGUGACAGAGUCUGUGAGUCAUGUGAGUACCUGAACUAUGGUACCUUCAGACCUAUAGGCCAUGCUAUAACGUAUUCUGGUGUCAAUGUUAUUUUUGUCCUAAGUAUAAACAAAAGCUUGGUUAGCUACCUGCAGAGACUGCAAAUAUGGAUCAGUAAGUAAGUACCAUAGAGUAUGAGAAAUGAUUCUUGUCAUCCACUUACAGAAGACAACUAUGAACACUAACUAUGAAGUUUUGUUUGUGUAAUAUCAUUCCACAGCAAAGCUCUUGUUCUUGGCCAGAGUGCUUUUCUUUUCAGUUAGCUGCUGAAUAGUGGUGUUUUGAGCACUUGCUGAGUUGUUCAACACUUAGCUAAUGCUGUUCAAAAGAUGUGAUUUUUGUUCUUUUGUUUGAUUUUUUUAAAGUGGGUUUUUAAAUUUGUUUGUUUUAUUUUGUUUAUUUCUCAGAGAAAGGGAAAGUUAAAGGGAGCAUUUUUUUCCCCACAGUUAACCAGAAACUUGUAGAAGCAUCUGUCAUCAGUAGCUGGCAGGAACUUAAGAUGUCCUGUUGCUCUGAGAAGUUCACCACCACACUGGUGUGGUUGGUUGUGCCAUUGUAUUUAAUAGCACAUGGUGUCUUUUCUAUUUCUCAUGAAAGACUAAAGUGAGGUAGUGAGGUUAGGGGACUUUAACCUUUCCUGUCAUCUCUGCAGGUGGCUUCCCAGAAGCUCUUGAUAGAGACGUAACACAUACAGAAGACCCCAAGUGUCAAACUAAGCAGGUGUUGGGGGCUUGAACAGACAGCUUUAUUCAAGGAAACAUUGAGAUAGUGUGGACAGCCCGACAGAACCCUAGAAACAUAAGCUAAAGACAAACUUGAAGACUGUUGACAUGGACACCCCACAUUAUGGUUUGAGAUUUCCCCUCAAGAAACAAGUUGCACCAGUUGUUUGCUGACCAGCAGCAAAAGUUGGUGAGACACAAUAGCAGCAGGUUGGCACCUGUGGCCUCUGCUCCAAGUCAAACUAGAAUCCUACAAGCAAUCACUGGUCCCUGUUUGACUAUAUUUCUUAGACCAAUCAUACAUCUCUGGCAGCAUCUGAGGUGUUUGCUUAGUGCUGCCUGUGAGUAUUCUAUCCACCUAGCUGAAAAUCAGCAGAGCUACUCUGAAGAUUGCACCUGAAUCACUUUCUGAAGUGAGGUGGAGGUAGAGAGAUGCUUUAAGGUUCUUCCUAAAGGACUGAGUCAUAUUGAUGGUGGACUUUUGUGUGAAAGCUCUGGCCUGUUUAAAAAAAAAAAAAGCAACUGAAAUAAGGUACAGGACUCCAGGAGAGCAUCCAGACACUGGUUUUGAUCCCAAGAAAGGACUUUGGUCAUUUCCCUGUUGGCUGCUUAUACACAGACAAUUAACCACAUGCUGAUGGACUUCAGCCAUUACUCUUUGUUCUUAAAUGAAAUUAAGACAGACCUGUGCUCCCAUCCCUCAUUUGAUUCCCAUUUUACUGAGACAUCUUACUGUUAGAUAGUCACUGACAUGGCUUCAGAUCUUCCACGGAUGUCCUGGAGGCAGCCAUCUGAAGAUACAUUUUACUUAGAAAGCAGACUAUAGGUGGUUAUCCAAAUUCCUUAGAUGCUCAGCAGUGUUACUGUGUCAUGGUCAAACAUGCUGACAUCUGUCGUUAGUGCUCAGGCUAGUUAACAAACAGCCUAAGUGCUUACUAGUUAACCAUCAGCAUGCCAGUUGACAUGAUGGAACUUUAAGACUUUUUAAAUGUACUUUAUGACAAAAGUCAGAUUCUUCAAGUUGUGAACUUUCUACUUCAGCCUGGCAGGCUAAGCAUAGAUGUGUGAGACUUUAUAUGUAAAGCACUUGAUAUUAAAGGCAUAAACGUGAGGCUGUUAAAUGUGUGUAGAGAGACUGACAUGUUGAAUAUGUGGGGCAGUCCAUGCCUUACAUACAUCAGAAUUGAUUCCAGAGUGAGACCUAGUCUGAGUGUGACGCCUGGCAAAGGUUACACUGUAAAUAAACUCUUUAUGUGAGGCCAGCUUCAUAGUACUCAUUGCUUUGGACAGGAAAUUCCCUUGGUCUGUCCCAGUCAUGCAGUAAGUUCCAGAAACUGCCAGAAGAGCUCAGUCGUAACUCCAGAUGAUCCACGGGAGAACCCAAGUGUGGGGAAUACUAAAGAAACAAUAAAAACGCCGGGCGGUGGCGGCACACGCCUUUAAUCCCAGCACUUGGGAGGCAGAGGCAGGCGGAUUUUUGAGUUUGAGGCCAGCCUGGUCUACAGAGUGAGUUCCAGGACAGCGAGGGCUGCACAGAGAAACCCUGUCUUGAAAAAAAAAGAAAAACAGUAAAAACGUACAACUUCUUACAAACUGUAAACAUUGAGUACCUCGAUGUAUUUUGUAAGGCCAUAAUGUUGGUGUGUCUUUGUACCUCACUCCUUCUGUCAUUCUUUAUAUUCCUCGUAAAUGUGUUCCAGUCCGUUGAACAGAGCCCAUCACUGGGGAGGGGGGAGAAAGUUAAGUUUUGGAGUAAUUUUCUGUGGUUAUAAACACGAUUAGGUCUCAGAACUAGGGGUGUGGAGGAAACUUGUUAAGUUGGUGCUUGACAAACCGAGAAAAGUCUGUGAAAAGAGCUCAGUAGAACACUAAAGUGGAAUAACUGUACAUGCCCCUUCCAAGCUGCCUGGUCUCUGUCACUCAAAGGGAAUGGGCGGGCUCUGGCUUGGAGGUGAACUGAGGGACCUCCGUUAAUAUAUUUGGGGGAGAUAUAUAAUCAACAGAGGCCAGGGAGUAUACUAGAAAAGCUAGUUUGCCCAGAUUCUGUGAACCAUGAAUUCUGUGAACCAUAGUUCUGUUUUUCCACUCAUAAAUCCUCUAUGCUUAGACAGACAGGGACUGUCCAGGAAACACUGGAGGUCUCGCAGGGAAGGGAGCUGUCUCAGUUUGCAGAGCAUUGCAAGGUUUGCUUUUGCUUGAUUUAUGGCAAGAGCCUAUCUUUGCUCCCAGUCUCUGGUGUAUUUGUGCUUAAGAGGCAGUUUGAAGGUUCAUAGCUGUGAAUAUUUGUUGAUUUAAGAUUUUAUCUUAGAAUUGCCAACCUUAUUUCCAGUAGGCAAUGCUGAUCCGUUUAUCAAAAGGGAACUUAAUCAGGCUCAUCUUGCCAUUCUCAUGGAAGACUAAUUUUGUCACUGGAGUGACAAUGCUGAGAUACUCAAGACAGCAAGCUUGCCAUAGAGCCAUUUUCUUUGUCCCACUAUGAGCAAUUCUCAGAAGGCUGUAUGAAGAAGGACUAGGAAUGUGGUUCCAUCCCCAACACUGCAUGAAAAGGAUGUGGUGGCACGUGCCUGUAAACCUAGCACCUGGGAAGUAGAGGCAAGAGGAUCGGGAAUUUGGGAUCAUCCUCUGUGACAUAGCAAGAUUGAGACCAGCCUGAACUGCAAGAGAUCCUAUCAAAAACAAAACAACCCCCCCAUAACUGUGUAUGUGUAUAUCUGUAAGGGAGCCAGGCAUGGUGGUACAUUCCUUUAAUCCCAGCACUUAGGAGGCUGAAACAGAUCACAAGUUCACAGCCAGCCUGUCUCCAAAGAAAUAGAAAUGUGCAGGUAUUUCCCAUUAGGCCUGUGAAUUGUAUGAAAUAUAGAACCAGAGAGGCAAACUUAAAUGAUAUAAAUAGAUCACUUCAUAGAAAUCAGAGUAGAUUUUUAUUUCAACUACUACUGGAGGCAAUGAGCAUUGUUGGAAAAAUUUUCCUAACAUAGAUCUAGGCUUUGCUCUUAGAAUGGGAACACUACUGUAAGUUUUAAAUAAGUUUCUUAUUUUGCUAUUCAUAUUUUUUUUAUGUCUGAAAUACCUGUCUUAAAACUUUGUAAAACAAACUUGAAGUUAUAGGUAAGGUAAGCCAUCACCAGUACUGCAGGUCAAACAUAAGAUUGGGAAAUUAUUUUGAUAUCCCAUAAUACUAAUGUCCUAAUAGUUUUCUAUUUUCUAUCUGGUUCUGUUUCCUAGUUGAUAACCCCAAUCCCAUGUUCUCCUAUAAUAUUCUAAACAGCAAAAUGAAGAGUGAAGGUUACUCAGCUCUAAGCUGUGGUUCCAAACGAAAAGUCAGUCUGCUGUGAAAUUAAGAAUUAAUUUUUUUAAUUUUUAUUUAAUCUGGGAGGUUGUGAUACACCUCCUUACAAAAACUGACUCAACUCACUUAGCUGACUCCUAGUACUUGAUCAUUAGCCAAAUUAAUUAAUCCUUGAAAUGGCCUUGGUUCACAAGCACUCAGGUUUGUGAAGGACUGAAAGAGGCUGGAACAAAACUUGGAUUUCAUUCCAGUUUGACAUUGGGGCUAAGUCCUGAUGGUCCACAAAAGGACAACCAGUCACACUGAGUCAUUUAUCCUGUAGUCUCCAGCAUGUUACAAGAGAAUGGCCAAGUUAGGUCUAGCAGCCUCAUGAUCUGCUAAGGAAGUGCCAAGGCCAGAGAAGGUUGACUGGGAGGUGGGCAGGUGCUUGCUCACUUUCCACUCUGUCUUGAUUGGUAACAGCUUGAAGUUUCCAGCCUAUCCUAGCUGGACCGAGAGUGUGAUGCUUAGCUGGAAUCCCUCAGUGAGGGGCGUGGCUCAGUUAAGAGCAUUUACAUAGUGUAAGUGACCCCAGAGCAUGGUGCAGCUCUUACCUUGAACUCCCUGGUGAGGGGUUAGAGGUGUGCCUAAGCAGUAGAGCAUUUGCUAGAAUACUCUACUUGUGAGUGGGCUAUGAUGUGGCUUAGGAAUGGAGUGACUGCCUAGCAUAUGCAGGUCCCUUGGGUGCAAUCUUCAGCACUGCCCCUGCCCACAAAGAGUUCUUACUUUCUCAUGGGAGGAAGACUGAUUAAAUGGAACAUCUUGUCCUGAGAAUACAAGCGUUAAGGGUUAGGGUGAUUGUGUAAGCAAAAUAUUAAGUUGAGUGUAUUUUUAUAAACUUUCAGUUAAGGAUUUUUACAACCAGCUCAACAUGAUUAGCCUAAAUUUAUAUAGAGAGUUAACUCAGGCACUGCCUUUUUAUUCCUGUUUUGUCCAUUCCCAGCAUAUAUUAGAAUAAAUGAGAAGAAACUUUGUAUGCCAGCAGAAUUAAAAUCAUUGCUGUUAAAACGUGGAACUUUGAUUUGACCAGCCUCUGAAGAGACUAGACGCUUAGUAGAUGUUCAAUAAAUAAUUUUUAAAUGGAA